UUCUAUCGAGUGAUCAUGUGAGGUCUUUCAGGAGUGGGAGUUUUCAAGAAGAAAUGGUUUGCGGUGAACUCUGCCUAAUAACUAGCACUGCCGUCUUUGCCACAGUCAUAGCACUGUUUUGGCUGGUGUAUAAUUUCUUGAGAAUUGACAGUUCAAAGGUUAGGCUCCUGAAAAUUCUUCAAAGUCCAGUUUGUUUAUAAUAUAUUUCCAAAGUAAAGUAUGGCAUCACUAAAGACGUUUGCUGUACAAAAAAACGGGGGACUUAUGGUUGUGCUCAUUCAGAGAAAUUUCUGUGCUUGGUCUAAAGCAACUCAUCAUGGAAUUAAGUGUAUGAUAUUUCAAAGAACACUAAAAACUGCUCAGGUAGAUGAGAAUUCCAAAAGACAUGGUGGAGAACUUGUAGCUGAAGUACUCCAGUCUCAUGGGGUGAAAAAUGUCUUCACUCUUUGUGGUGGUCACAUUUCACCUAUCCUUGUUGCUUGUGAGCAGAAAGGAAUCAAGGUCAUUGACACAAGACAUGAGGUAAACGCUGUAUUUGCAGCUGAUGCUGUUGCAAGGCUUUCUGGGACUGUUGGUGUGGCUGCUGUGACUGCUGGUCCAGGAUUAACAAACACAGUGACAGCUGUUAAAAAUGCACAAAUGGCAGAAUCACCUUUGUUGUUGAUGGGUGGGGCAGCAGCAACACUUCUCAAGGGUAGAGGUGCAUUGCAAGAUAUCGACCAGAUGUGUUUGUUCAAGCCCUUAUGCAAAUACACAGCUACAAUCAAGAGAGUUGCUGACAUCAUACCAACACUGAAAAAGGCAUUACAGGCAGCUCAGUCUGGGACACCAGGACCAGUUUUUGUAGAGUUCCCAAUUGAUGUUCUUUACCCAUACCAUUUAGUUAAAAGGGAAGCUGGAAUAAAGGAGAAUCCUGUUGGUUUGCUUCCAAAAAUUGUCAAUUGGUACAUUACAAGGCAUGUUAACAACCUAUUUGCUGGUGCUUGGGAAAAGCGUGAUAGCUCACCACUUCCUGUUGAUAUACCUAUGCCAUCAGACAACCAAGUUUCGGAAGCAAUAUCAAUUAUCAAGAAGGCUAAAAAGCCUUUGAUCCUACUUGGAAGCCAGGCAACCCUUCCUCCAGUCAGCGCUGAUAAAUUACAACAGGCCAUUGAGGCCUUGGGAAUCCCCUGUUUCCUUGGCGGCAUGUCGAGGGGCCUUCUGGGUAGGAACAGCCCGCUGCACAUAAGGCAAAGACGGAGAGAUGCUUUGAAAGAGGCUGAUGCUGUCAUUUUGGCUGGGACUGUUUGUGAUUUCCGAUUGUCUUAUGGUCGAGUUUUGAAUCGGAAAUCGAAAAUCAUUGCCGUUAACAGAGACAAAACACAACUGAUGAAGAACGCAAGUGUAUUCUGGAAUCCAAAUUUAGCUGUGCAAGCUGAUCCUGCCAGUUUACUGGUCUCGAUUCAACAGAAGAUCGGAAGUUACAAAGUGGAUACAGAAUGGGCCACCAUGUUGAAAGACAGGGAUAACGAAAAAGAAAAAAGCAACAGUGAUAAGGCAAACGAUCCAGCUGGAGAGUUUUUGAAUCCAAUCAAAGUUUUACACCGUUUGGAAGAGACCAUUUCUGAUGACUCCAUUAUCGUCGCAGAUGGGGGUGAUUUCGUCGGCUCUGCCGCUUAUAUUCUCAGACCACGUGGACCAUUGCGCUGGCUGGACCCUGGUGCAUUUGGCACUCUUGGUGUUGGUGGUGGUUUUGCCCUCGGUGCAAAGUUAUGCCGACCCGAAUCUGAAGUCUGGAUCAUUUAUGGUGAUGGAUCAUGUGCCUACAGUGUUGCCGAGUUCGAUACAUUUGCAAGACAUAAGGCUCCAGUUAUAGCUCUUGUUGGUAAUGAUGCUUGCUGGUCACAGAUUGCGAGGGAGCAAGUGCCUAUGUUUGGAACACCUGUUGGAUGCCAAUUGGCUCAUACAAAUUAUGACGUCGUUGCUAAAGGGUAUGGCGGAGAAGGACUGAAGAUUGAAAAGGGCUCAAAUGAUGACAUCGACGAGGUUUUCAAGAAAGCUCAAGACCUGCAGAAGCAAGGCAAGCCCGUGUUAAUCAAUGCUCUGAUUGGAAAGACUGAUUUUAGAGAAGGAUCCAUUUCAGUUUAGGAGUUUGAAAGAGAAUGAAAUAUUUUAUAUGUAGAUGAAAAAUUCGUGAUUUAAUGAUGAUAGUUUAUUGAGCAAAAGUCCUUUUUUCUAUCAGAUUCGUUUGAAAAUCAUUGUGUGAAAGUAUUAAGUCCAUCUUUGCAUGAGAAAUGUUUUGCUACCAGAAAUGAA